AUGGCAGACGAACGCAAUAUUUACGGGUACAAUCCCUCUUUACCUGCUGCGGUCAUCUUUAUUAUCUUGUUCGGUUCCUCGACGGCAUACCAUGGCUACCAGCUCGCCAAAGCCCGUUGUUGGUACUUCAUACCUUUCUUGAUCGGUGGAAUUCUCCAAAUUCUAGGAUACAUCUGUCGAGCCGCCUCGCAUGACAACUACUACGGAGUCACCCUUUACGCGCUACAAACAACAUUUAUCCUGAUCGCCCCUCCACUCUACGCGGCUUCGGUGUAUAUGAUCCUAGGACGGACGAUCACCUAUCUGCAUGCUGAGAAGUUGAGCUUGGUCCGAGUGGGUUGGAUGACCAAGUUCUUCGUGACGGGUGAUGUCAUCUCAUUCCUGAUGCAGUGUACUGGUGGUGGUCUUAUGUCGACGGGAGAUAACCACGACCUUGGCUCGAAUAUCACAAUUGGCGGCCUAAUCGUCCAGCUGCUCUUCUUUGGAUUCUUCGUCGUUGUGACCGGCGUCUUCCACUUCCGCAUUUCACGCAACCCUACUUCCAAAUCGCGAGCCGAUCGCGAGCUCAGUAGCGGCCAGGGCUUCAAGCAGCGCAACUGGUUCACUAUUAUCGUUGGCUUAUAUCUUGUCAGCUUUUUGAUUCUUGUUCGAUCGAUCUUCCGUCUGGUCGAAUAUAUUCAAGGAUAUGGUGGAUACAUCAUGACCCACGAGGUUUUCAUGUACAUCUUUGACGCAGUGUUGAUGUGGGCUGCAAUGGCUGUUGAGAACGUCUAUCACCCUGCUGAGAUUCUGGGGAAUGGCAAAGGCGACAGCGUCGGUGACGAGGAAACUAUGCAGUUAUAA